GGAGGAGAGUACUGGGCAUGGCGGCGCCUGCUGCGCUGCAGAGGAGCGUGGUAUCCCCCGCGGGCAGGCACACCGCCUCCCUCAUCUUCCUGCACGGCUCAGGUGAUACUGGCCAGGGAGCAAGAGCAUGGAUAAAACAAAUCUUGAAUCAAGACAUGGCUUUCCAACAUAUAAAAGUAAUUUACCCAACGGCUCCUGCCAGGCCAUAUACACCUAUGAAAGGAGCUUUCUCCAAUGUCUGGUUUGAGAGGUACAAGAUCUCCAAUGACUGUCCAGAACACAUUGAAAGUAUUGAUUCUAUGUGCCGCAGACUUACAGACUUGAUCAACGAUGAGGUUAAAAACGGCAUUGUGAAGAAUAGGAUACUAAUAGGAGGCUUUUCCAUGGGAGGUGGAAUGGCAAUGCACUUAGCGUAUAGGUUUCAUCAAGAUCUGGCAGGAGUCUUUGCUUUGUCUAGUUUUCUCAAUAAAGACUCUGCUGUUUAUCAGGCUUUGAAAAGAAAUGAAACUGUCCUACCAGAAUUAUUUCAGUGUCAUGGAACUGCUGAUGACCUUGUCCUCUAUUCAUGGGGUGAAGAGACCAACAAGAUGCUAAAGUCACUGGGAGUAUCAACAUCACUUCGUACUUUUCCAAACCUUAAUCAUGAGUUAAGCAGACCUGAAAUCGAAGAACUAAAAACCUGGAUUGUAAAGAAAUUACCUGUUGAAGCAUAAACACAAAAGAAUAAAUAAGAUGCAGCUUUCACAUA